CGGUGACACCCAGGGCAGUGCCGCCGGACGCCGAGGCGGGGGAGGUGAGGGUAAGGGAGAGGGCGAGGCCGACGCUCACUCGUCUCCUUUCUCCCUUUUCUCCUCAUCUGCCGCUUGCCGCUGCCCCGCUGCGGCACUGCGACCGGAACGGCCCAUCCCUUAAGAAGUGGCGAGGGGGCGCGGCCAUGGAGACCCUCGUGCGCCCUGGGGCCAGCAAGCCUCCCAGCGGGAGAAGAAUGAAAGCUCGCGCUCCUCCUCCACCAAAUCAACCUUCUGCAGCAAACAGAAUUCACAGUGAAUACAAGUCACCUACAGAGUCAGCUGUAAUUCCUGAUCAGAACCUUGCGAGCAUGAAGGAGAACAUGAUAAACAGAUCAGUGGACUUCAAGGUCAUUUUACCUAGCGGGGUGGAGCAGAAGAGCACAGUACAAGGAAGUAAAGCUGUGAUGGAUCUUCUGGUUGAUUUAUGCAGUCAAUAUCACUUAAAUCCAUCCCAACAUAGUCUUGAACUGAAGUCUUCAGGAACUCAACAACCUCUGAAUUACAAGCCAAACACUUUGAUAGGAUCACUGGAUGUCCAGACAGUACUUCUGAAAGAGAAGGUUCCUGAAGAGAAGACAAGGCGAACUCUGCCGAGGGUUCCUGAGAAAUCUGUGAGGCUGGUAGUGAACUACCUAAAGACACAGAAGACUGUGGUUCGAGUUAGUCCAGAGGUGCCUCUCCACAACAUCAUCCCAGCUAUUUGUGAGAAGUGUGAAGUCAGUCAAGAGCAUGUUGUUCUUCUGCGGGAUGGUAUCACUGGGGAAGAACUGGAGCUUACCAAAUCCUUGGAGGAGCUGGGCAUAAAGGAGCUGUAUGCCUGGGACAGAAAAAGAGAGCCAAGUCAAAAUGCUUCAGUAAGCAAUGAUGCAAUAGAAAGGGAAAAGACCAGGCUUCUGGGAUUGUUUCAAGCUGAUAGAAGAAGCAGCAAGACAGAGGAACACUUGAUGAUGAACAGAGAUUGUGGGGAGGAGGAUGUUUUUAGUUCUUCGUCUACAAGUGAAGGAAGCUUGGAUGGUUUUUCCACAGCACCAAAUUCCCCUUCGGUGAAUUCUCGUUCCAGUAGCCUGGCCCCAUCACUGUCUCUUGGUAACAUCUCAGGAAUGCCAGCAAACCCAGAAGUGAAAAAGCGCAGAGCACCUCCUCCACCAGUUGUGACACCUGCAUUGCAGAAGUUCGAGAUAAGUGGACAAGAAAAGACAGCAGCACAGAUUUCUCAAGGAGCAUCCUUAAACGAUUUACAGAAAAAAAAGAGACGUGCCCCUCUUCCACCAACUGCAUCUGCUCCACCAACUCCUGCCAUGCCAAACAGGAUGGAAGACAUGGAAGACAAGAGGAAGAGCACAAUGGGUGAUGGACGGCAGGUGCCACAAAAGCCUCCUAGAGGUACCACUCGUGGUCCACCCCAGUUAAUGCUGCCCCCACCCCCACCUUACCCUCCUUCUGACAGAAACAUUGUGGAUCCAGCAGUCUGUUACAGAGAAGCAGAUGUUACAGCACCAACAGAGCUGGUACCUAAACAGAGCCUGCUGCCUAUACAUGAUAAUGUUUAUGCAGUGGAUGACACAGUUAUGGAGCUAUCAGAGGUGGAAGAAACAGCAUCAGAAAGCAGCUGUUUUGCAUCUGAAGACACCACAGAAGACUCGGGUGUUGUGAGUUCCCCAUCUGACAUUGUAUCUUUGGAUUCACAAAAUGACAGUAUGAAGUUGAAAGACAUCAAGUUGGUCAAUGGCUAUGUGGACUCAGCUGAGGCAGAUGCAACAUAUGGCACAGGGAUGUGCCCUGUAAAGAACACCUACAGUGAUAGUGCUCCACAGAGGAAAGAUGAAAAAAUUGCUUUAACUAGGCUUGAAAACGAGGAUUCAUUCAUUGCUUCACAACUCCAGCAGACUUUGGCUGGCCUACAUGAAGAUCUAGAAGCACUGGAUGAUAUAAGUAACUGUGACCCUGAGUACACCAAUGAACUGUCAAGACUACAUUUAAGAAAAGUUGAGGCUGCCCAAGAUGUUUCCAUUUUGGUUCCAGUAACAGUCAUAGAUGAUGCUCCAGAAGCUAGCGCUUCUAACUCAGCUGGAAAUCAAGAUACAGAGACAAGGGUUUCAAAAAAUAUCCUAGCUGACUCUGUUAAUACAGGAAACUUUACAAAUAAAAACAACAAUGCGGGUUCCAUUGAUAAGGGACACACAGAUGGUGCAGCUGAAUUCAUGUCCAAGGACCUAAUACAUCAGCAGCCAUCUGAAAAUGAAUUCAGUCACUUGCCUGUUGAACAGAGGAGAGAUAUGUUUGAAUCUCUUACAUCCUCCUUUGAAAAAAGAAGUGAAAAGAACUUAAGACUGGAACAGCUCCCCAAACAUAGCAUGAAGUCUGAGGAAUGUAAAUCUAAACUAACUCCAUCCCACUCCAAGGCCACAGCUGAAAUCAGUUCAGCAAAAGAGAAGACAAAUCCAUUUAAUGACUGUAGUAACAGGGAAAGAUCUCUGAAAAAAAGUAAAUCAGAAUUAGAAAUCAAAUGGCCACCAGCAAAAAAAAAUGAAGUAGAAGAAGGCCCGUCAACACCCACAUGGUGUCAUCGUGCCCAGAAUUCAGGAACAAGCUAUGAACCUAAAAUGGGUUUGACGACCUUUAAAAUUGUCCCUCCCAAACCUGAAGUAAAGCAUUUCGAUAGAGGUGUUUCACUCUCCACUGGUGCCAUUAAGAUAGAUGAACUGGGCAACCUUAUAGGCCCAACCACUAGUGUCAGUAGGCGCAUACCAGAUACCUCUGCUGAUGAAAGUGAGGAAAUUCAGCUUGGGAAAGUGAAGGCAUUUUGGAGGUCAAGUUCUAUGGAGAGGCAAAGCGAAGACUGUACUGAGCAUCUUCCUAAAAAGUUAGCAGUUACCAUGAACUCUAAGUCCUUUACUAUAAAACAUGAACACAAAACUGUCUGUCUUGCAGCUCCAAAACCUGUAGCUCCACAAACUGCUACUACCCAGGUAGCUGAAAGACAGCCUGAGAAUGAAAGGACCAAACCACCUCUUCUAAUUACACAGUCUCAGGUAAUGCCAUUAGUGGCCCCAACCAUUAAUAAGGACAAGCUGGAGCUUCCAUUUCUAAAGCCACAGAGAAGAACUUCAAGUCAGUACGUUGCCUCUGCUAUUGCACGACACAUCAACGUAACUACCUUUAAGUCUGACUCUAUGGAAUACCAUGAGAAAGAUGAAAUUAAGCAAGGAGGAGGAGAGUUUAAAACUGAAGCAGAAAUUUCACCAAAAAGAUGCAUUAAUGUGGCCAAACAUAGCCCUGUGGAAGCAGAAUCAGCAGAAACAAGAGAAACACUUUCAAGUAUUUUUCCUUACAGUCAAAAACCAUCCCGCAGGUUUACACUUGGUGAUAAUUCUGGUGUGGAAAACAAAGUAGUUAACAUCAGGACACCAAAUCAAGCAACUCCUCUCAGUUUCAGUAAAAAGAAUGCCAGUGUCCCACUUAGUAAACCUGCUUCAAAGGAUGAUGGUGCAGAAGAUGAUCACAGUUUAAACAGCAAACAAAGUAUAGCAGAGAAAAAGACACGUCUUUUGUUUGACCAGAAAUGUGAGACUUUGUCUCAUGCUAAUUCAGCUUCAUCUCUCAAGUCUCCUGAUCUCCAAGGAGUCCCAUCCUCUUUCAGCUCAUCUUUGCGAAUCACUAAAUGGCCUCCUGCUAACAGUGGACAAGUUAGUUCACUUAAAGCUUUACCCGAGCUAAAUGGUGCAGCAGCAAAUGUAGAGUCAGAGCAGGAGGAGAAACGUGAUGAUUCAGAUAUUAAUGCUGUCAGUGAACUGGAUGUUAAUGUACAGACCAAUAUCUUUGGACCAAAGAAGAAGUUCAAACCUGUCAUCCAAAAACCAGUUCCAAAAGACACAUCACUGCACAGUGCCCUAAUGGAAGCCAUUCAAACAGGAGGGGGAAAGGAGAAACUCAGAAAGGUUUCAGAUAGCGCACUAAAUGGCAAUCACAAGAAACUCUCAUAUGCUGAGCCAGAGAAUCAGCGCUCAGCCCUCUUAGCAGCAAUUAGAGGCCACAGUGGAACCUCAAAGCUGAAAAAGAUCUCCUCGUUGGCGUCCGAAGAGCUGCAGAGUUUUAGGAAUGCAGAACUGUCCUUGCAGAAGGCAGAAGACCCUCAGGAAGAGCAUCUUUGUACCCCAGCUGCCCCUGCCCAGCCACCACCACCAUCUGCCCCUCAACUAUCAGCAGCAGCUCCUAAAUCCUCUGCCACUGCUACAGGUAACACUGAAGAGGCAAGGCAAGCCCUGCUAGAGGCCAUUCGCUCUGGUGCUGGAGCAGCAAAGUUGAAAAAGGUCCCUCUGCUCGUUUGAAUCAUGAAGAACAGGUAAUUGGAAAAUCUAACCACAUAUGGACCCAUAAUUAUCAUUCAAGGUCUGAAGUGGCAAAACAAAAAAAUCAAGAAGUUUAGUUUAUUCUCUUGUCAACAAGCCAAAAUAAGUUGUAGUUAAUUUUCUGUGCAUAAUGGUUCUGAGGGGAAAAUAUGUUGCUCUGCUGUAAAGCUUCUGUGCCAAGGAAUUGUGUUUUGCCUCUGAAUAUUUAAGGUUGCCAAUAAACUAUUCUUGUUGGCAUGUUAAUAAGAACAUAAACACUGUGCAGUCCUAUGUUAAUACAUAAUUGUGUUUAUGGGCAAAAAUUAAAAGACUUUGCUAGCUAUUUGAAAAGUAAUACUCAUUUCAAGUUGUUAAAAAUACGUAUUUCAACUAUUUCCUUGCUUCUUGUUUGAUUUGGAAAAGGGCUGUAAGCGAUUAGGGGGAAAUCAGAGUAAAGAUCUAUAAAACCAAUCACAAGAAAAAAAAAAUGUGGUACAUUGUGAAGGACCUAAAUUGUCAUAUGCUGGAGUGUCUGGUUUGUAAAAUUAGAUUAACUUUAUGUCUCUGGUGAAAGCCGUAUAGCUCUGAGAAAGCAGGCAAUCAAUAAUGACUGUGAGACAGUGUCUGUUGAAAAGUUACUUAUGGGAUAUGACGUAUAGAAUACUGCAACACAGAGAUAUACUGAAUCCUAGUAACAUUCGGGGCACUUUAAAAAUAUUGAGACUGCUUAAAGAGUCUUUAUUUGCAGCAGAUUGUGAAGGCUAUAAAUAAGAUUCAGAGUACUGAAUAGAGGUCCAAGAUUUAGAAUUCAUUCCUGCACUGCAAAAUGAAGGGAAGCUGGUUUGCAUGAGUAGCCAGGACUUUUGCCGUCUGUUGUUCAGGUCGUGCGUAAGUUAGCCCUUUGUUUCUAAUUGUUAUGGCUGUUGUGUGUUGUCUCACAAGUAUUUAUAGCAGCAUCUUUUUAAAAUGUUAACUACUUUGGUAGCUGUACAUAUUUUGAAAAUAUUCUGUUAAAUCUAUUAACUGAAAAAGGACAAAUAAAAAUGCUUUUUAAUAUUUCCUACACUGCGAUGAAACUGAAGAAGAGAAUGUUUGUACAUUCACAUUUUUAUAAUUACAGACUGGAGUGGUGGAAGAUUCUGUUUUUUUGGAGCUAAAAUUUAUGAUGUAUAGCUA